AUGCCUGCCAAAUCUCCCUCUAGUAAGGGCGCCAAGAAAGAGAUCAAAACUGAGAUGUCUUCUCCCACUCACAGUUCCGUCGCCAAUGGUGACAACGAGAGUGAGUACAGUUUUGGCUUGCCUCCUGCUCCAGACCCAAUCUUAGCCCCAUUCCCAUGUACCGAGGAUGAUCUUAUCCUAUGUCAUGCUCCCACUACUGACCCCACUACCUACCCUAUCUUUGUUUCCCGAAAUGGACGCUGGGGCCGGUAUUAUCUUCCCUCUAAUAACAGGACUAUAGAGUCUUCCGCUUCUAGUACCAACAAUACGGCCAACGGAAAUGGCAAUAAUGCAAAGAGUGAGUUUGCCGGUCUCAGUCUUUUCUUGAACCAAUUUCCCUGUUCCCAGGACGAUAUGACCUUGGAUCCCUGUCCCAAUUCUGGCCCCAAUCCCACCUUUUCUUCUCAAAACGGACGUUGGGAAUGGAUGUUUCUCCCUUCUAACACCGGUAUAGAGUCUUCCCCUCCCAAGGCCACGGUGGAAGACAUGCCUGAGGCCAAUCCAAACAUGCAACGAUCAGACAGCCCCCUCUCUACCAUUGACCUAGAUGCCUUCCUAUUCCCAUUCCACAUCCUCGAGAACGACGAUGAUCACCCCCCAGUGCCCUCGAUAGUUGAUGACGUAGCCGGGCAAGCCAAGACCGUGAAGCAUGUGAAAUUUUUCAUGGAUACUACUCACGAUAAGCACUUCGUCCCCAUCGAAGUCACCCAUCUCAUUGGCCAUGCGAACUGGGAACAAUGGUUGAGCUCCAUGCGCCUGCUUUUCCGCCAGCACUCGGUGUGGUCUGUUGUGACCUCGGAGAUUCAGCCACUACCUCCUUCCCACAAUCUGUACCUAUGGUAUGAACGCAUGUGUGAUUGUGCAAUCGGCCUUAUCUACGCCAACGUCUCCGAGGAGAUCCGGAAAUCCGCUUGUUUCAUAAACAUCGCGUGCGACGAUGAUCCUGAGGUUUUGAUCUCUCAUCUCUACGUCCACUAUUCCUCGCCUGACUCGGAUGACGUUCAUUCGGAGGAUGAACUGGAUUAG